AUGCGAGACCAAGCACUCAUGUCCACGUGGACGCUGCUGAGCGAACGCGGGGCUUCCUGCCUUUCGCGGUCGCGAGUAGCGAGCGCCAUUCCGGGACUGAAGCUUGCCCGCUUUCCUUCGUCUUCUCCGUCCAGUCCGUUGCCUGCAUGCGGGUCGGAGCUCUUGGGGCAACGCCGCCGCGCCUCACCUUUCUCGCUCGAAAGGAAUUUUUCAUCUGCUGCGCCGACCUCGCCCGCUUCCGCAGGCGAAUCUGACGCCCAGCACGAGACUGCCUCACCCGCGAAGAAGGAAAGGAAGUCGGUUUUUCUGGCGUGCUGUGACCUCGAAAAGAGAAAGCGAACGGAAGGCGCCAUCCAGAAGACAAAAGACGCUUGGGUGAAGAAAACACUCGCGAACGACGCGAACGCAGCGAAAACACCGGAGCUCUACGACGGCCCCUUCUGGUUCAAGUUUUGGAGGAGAAAGAAGAGACCUGGCGCGAGGGGUUAA